AUGCCGAUACAAACCGUAAAAGUUCCUGUUGUUUUUGAGGUGGAGUUCAGCCCCGCAUCGGAAGAUAUUGUUCCUUGCCUAGUUGGUUCGCUGAAAGAAUUGGGAACAUGGAACAGACUCAAUGGUCUUGUGGCUAGGAAAAUCGACGAAGUUUCAACGAAAUGGACAGUGGAAUUAGAGAUUCCUCAGAUGUCGUUCUUCUUCUUUAACUGGACGAUGACGAAAAAUGGGCAUUUUUAUGAAGAGGAGCCUAUAGGAUGCAGAAAAGCCAAUGUCGGCGUUUUUGGAGGUGUCUUCAAAUCCGAAUACGGAGAAAGCUGGACCGAGUUCUCUUCAUUUUGCGGAUGCCAUAUUUCAAUGAGCACUCAUUAUGUUCUGAAUGUUGAUGAACAGAUCGUUGUGAUGGGUUCUGGAAAGCUGCUUGGGAACUGGAAGACCUGGGUUCCUGCUGCCUUGGACGAUCCUGUAACUUCUGUGUGGACAGCAAAUUUUGAACUCGAGCAAGGAACAACAGAAGAGUUCAAGUGGGUCAUUCUGAACCGACAAACUCGUGAGAUACGACGAUGGCAAGAAGAAGAAAAUAGAAUCAUCAAGAUUGAAACUGAUCUAAAGAAUAAAACUGUGUUUGUCCCUUGGGGUGGAAGAUUUGUGAAGGAGGGGCUCAUUAUUCCGGAUGUUACUGUUGGGGACUGGAGUGACUACCAUCCUCAAAGUUUAUCCAGAUCAUUCACAAUCGACUGCAUGAUCGGAUAUGACGAUGAUGAAGCAGUAGAGAUGAACAACUCUAACAUGGAAGAUACCAAACUUGCUUUAGAAAUGGUGCCUAAAAUACCAUCAGCUGUAGGUUGCAGACAAUAUGUGGCACAAAAAUUCUUGAAGGCCAACGAAGAACGAAACUUUUGCUUCAUUAUUGAUACACUUGCUGGAGCGUUCGGUUUCAAAGAAGUCACACAAUUUGAUUUGAAACAUCUGAGAAACUUGCUAGUUUUAAAGACAUCUCCUGGACAAGUUCUGAAGGCAUUCAAUACAGAAAAACAGAACUUUUUUUGCUUCACUGUGGAUUUGUCAGCUGAAGUCGUCUGUCUUAGAGAAUUCAUUGAUGCUGAUGUAUUACAACUACAGCUAGCUAGUAUAGCCGUUACUGGUCCAUUUCCGGUGAUAACUCCCUAUAUUGAAGAGGCGAAGAGGCAACUAAUGUUACCGUCAUCUCAAAACCUCCCAAGUCCAGAAGAGCCAAAAACAUCUUUAUUGUCUGUCAAGUGUUAUUUCAACAACGAUAGAACCAUUGUCAGCAGAGUUCCCAUUCUCGACGAUGACACAGAUCUGUUGGAAGUAGUUAUCGGUCAUGGUGAAAGUCUAGGCUUUGUAGACAAAGUUGCCUUUCUUGAUGAUGACUUUGAUUUAGAAGACAGAGUUACAGUUCUUCAAGGAAGCUUUAACUCGACUGACAGAGUUACCGUUCAUGAUGGAAGUCUGGAUUUAGAGGAUAACGUUACUGUUUUUGGUGGAAGACAAGAUCAGGACACUGUCAGAAUGGAAAGGUGUCAGAUGAUGGAAAUAACGUUUUCUGAUGAUAUGGUUAGAAAGAUUCAAAACAAUCAAGUAGUUGAAACCAAUACAAAACAAGAUUGGUCUGGACCAAGACAAGCUCUUUACAGUGUGUUUAUUGGAUUGACCAACUACUGUAGUCGUUUUGUAUCUAAAAACUAA